CCCCGCAACGCGACUGCAGUUUUCAAACCUCAACUGUAGGCUUCGGACAGUGGCUCCGCUGCGGUCGCUGGGAGCCACCUCACAGGAGGCCCGGUCACAACUGUUGGCCGUUGCCCGGAAGAGUAAAAGUGGGUCCUGCUACGCUCGGAGCUACCUGGCGCCUCACCCGGCUACAGCUGGAGAACGCGUCCUGUCGUAGCCACCGGCGUGGGGCGGGACGGGAGCCCCCGUGGAGGGGCCAGCCCGGAGAGAACCUGCUGCGGCCCGAGCGGUAAAAAUAAGUGACUAAAGAAGCGAAUUUAGAAGUCAUCUAACAUGUCGAGGAGAAGAUUUGAUUGCCGAAGUAUUUCGGGCUUGCUAACUACAAGUCCACAAACUCCAAUAAAAAUGGAAAACUUUAAUAAUUUUUAUACACUUACAUCUAAAGAACUAGGAAGAGGAAAAUUUGCUGUGGUUAGACAGUGUAUAUCAAAAUACAAUGGUCAAGGGUAUGCUGCAAAAUUUCUAAAAAAGAGAAGAAGAGGACAGGAUUGUCGAGCAGAGAUUCUGCAUGAGAUUGCUGUACUGGAAUUGGCGAAGUCCUGUCCCCGUGUGAUUAAUCUUCAUGAAGUCUAUGAAAAUACAAGUGAAAUCAUUUUGGUAUUGGAAUAUGCUGAAGGUGGAGAAAUUUUCAACUUGUGUUUACCUGAGCUGGCUGAAAUGGUUUCUGAAAAUGACAUUAUCAGACUCAUUAAACAAAUACUUGAAGGAGUUGAUUAUCUACAUCAGAAUAACAUUGUGCACCUUGAUUUAAAGCCACAGAAUAUAUUAUUGAGCAGCAUAUACCCUCUUGGGGACAUAAAAAUUGUAGAUUUUGGAAUGUCUCGAAAAAUAGGAAAUGCAUGCGAACUUCGGGAAAUCAUGGGAACUCCAGAAUACUUAGCUCCAGAAAUCCUGAACUAUGAUCCUAUUACCACAGCAACAGAUAUGUGGAAUAUUGGAAUAAUAGCCUAUAUGUUGGUAACUCAUACAUCCCCAUUUGUGGGAGAAGAUAACCAAGAAACAUACCUCAAUAUUUCUCAAGUUAAUGUAGAUUAUUCAGAAGGUUUUUCAUCAGUUUCACAGCUGGCCACAGACUUUAUCCAGAGCCUUUUAGUAAAAAAUCCAGAGAAAAGACCAACAGCAGAGAUCUGCCUUUCUCAUUUGUGGCUACAGCAAUUGGACUUUGGAAACUUAUUUCACCCUGAGGAAACUUCCAGUUCCUCUCAAAGUCAAGAUCAUACAGUAAGAUCCUCUGAAGACAAGACUUCUAAAUCCUCUUGUAACGGAACCUGUGAUCGAGAAGACAAAGAGAAUAUCCCAGAGGAUGGCAGCAUGGUUUCCAAAAGAUUUCGCUUUGAUGACUCAUUGCCCAAUCCCCAUGAACUUGUUUCAGAUUUGCUCUGUUAGCACUUUUGUCUUUGACUCAUUUGGACUAAAUUUGGAAUUGCAAGUCCACUCCAGUGUGAGAUUGUGUUUUGUAGCUUAAUAUAUGGAAUGUUUAUGUUAUAAAUGCAUUUUUGCAUAAAAGAAUUUAGGGUAUUAUUUUAAUGUUAAUUUACUAGUUACUAGCAUAAUGUCAUUUCCUAUCCUGAGAUAACUAUGCAGAGAGGAAAAUAUUUAAACACAUGACCAAAAAUAAAAGUGUGCAUGUGAGUUUACAUGUUAUUGGAAGAAUUUAAGUUCAAUGGAUUUAUCAAAAUGUUUUACAUAUCA